UGCGUGAGCCAGAGGAAGGCAGAAAGAAGGCCAGCGGACAGCAGCACCCCUUGCCGAGCGAGCGCCUGUGGAGUUCGCGUGGAGGGAUCCACGGAUCGAUCCCGCAAGAUGAACACCCUGCUGUCGCGGGCGAACUCGCUGUUCGCCUUCACGCUGAGCGUCAUGGCGGCGCUCACCUUGGGCUGCAUCCUCACCACCGCCUUCAAAGACAGGAGCGCGCAAGUGCGCCUGCAUGUCUCCAGGAUCCUGCUCAAAAAAGUGGAAGACUUCACUGGACCCAGAAAAAGAAGCGACCUGGGCUUCAUCACAUUCCACAUCUCUGCGGAUCUGGAGAAGACUUUCGACUGGAACGUUAAGCAGCUCUUCCUUUAUCUGUCGGCAGAAUAUUCCACCAAAACCAACGCUGUGAACCAGGUAGUCCUCUGGGACAAGAUCCUUCUGCGAGGCGAGAACCCCAAGCUCAACCUGAAAGAUGUCAAAAGCAAGUACUUUUUCUUUGACGACGGACACGGUCUCAAGGGAAACAGGAAUGUCACUUUGACCCUGUCCUGGCAAGUUAUACCGAUUGCUGGAAUUCUGCCUCUUGUGACUGGAUCUGGACGAGUGUCUGUCCCAUUUCCAGAUUCCUAUGAAAUAGCCAAGACUUUUUAAAGAACUCUGUCUGCAUCUGAAAUGGAUAUCUGUGUACUUAAAGAAUCGUUUUUCUGUCAUCUUUUCCCUCAAGUUUUGCUGACUUCUUUUUUUGUGGUUGUUUAUUUUUAAAUGUGCUGUUUUGUGUCUGGUACUGGCUGAACUCUUCGUCUUCAUGCUUUAUGUACUUAGCAUAGAGACUACAUUCUUUGAUCUUCUUAGUGUGACACUGACCUUACCCUUCUUUUUGUAUAAGAAUUAACAUCAAAUUAUGUGGCUGGUGGGGAAAGGCUAAUAGAGGACUGGGACUUUAUUCUACAAACAAAACAGCUCAUCAGAGUAGAUUAUUAUAGGACAGUUGCAUAAUAAGGAUUGGAUAUAUUACAGAGUUUUGUCAUAUUCAUUAUGUUAUUCCAUUUGAAAUAUAAAAUUUGUUUGGAGAGAAUUUAAAAUUUGAUGUGUUGGUAUUGCCACAAUAACUGCGUUUUACUCCUGACAUUGUUUUUGAACACAUUGGAUGCCAUUUUAUUAUAUUUUCUAGAAUGUGUUUGAUUACUAGAAAAAAAUGUGAUUUAUUUCUUAGAAGUCUGACAUGCAAUAUAGGUUAACACAAAUCAGAAUGAGAAUUUAUCCCCAUUUCAAAAAUCUUAAUGCUUGUCUUUUUUUUGCCAGCAAAUAUGACCAUUUAAAUAGUGGACACCUCCUUUGGCUAUAUAUAAUUAUAACUCACUUCAAGUCUCUUAAGUAAGUCAAAUGUGUGUCUUACAGUGUUUUCUCUACAAAGACUGCUGUGUAUUGUAUCUUUGUAAAAUGUUUUAACACUGUUACUGAAAUUAGAAAAUGUCUGCAUGCUCAACAUGAUAUACGUAUGUUCUAGUAUGUUUAAUGCCACUAAAUAAAUGCUUA